AUGUGUAUCAGGCAGAGAAUGGAGCUUUUUCUUGUGGUGUAUUUUUGUUCCAUCCAGGAGAGAACUCUGAGAAAAGAGAGGGAGGAAAGCUUGAGGAAGAGAUUGGCAGAAGCAUCAACAGAGUCAAAUGAGGACGUGUCAGAGGAGACAGAGGACCUGGAACCUCUGGAACCAGACGACAGUGGUACCUUCCAACAAGUCACAAACCUCCUCAACAUCAUGGCCAGCGAGUCAACCAAAACGGACGCUGCUGGGGCAGGUCCUGACAUGCGGAAGAUGCUGGCCUCAGUGAUCAUCCAGGAGAGGGCCGCCACUGAGCCCUCUGUGGUGACGGGCGCUCUCAUCCGCUGCCUGCAGGUGCCAGAGAUUUCCACUCAGGGCAAAGUCAACAUCUACAGCGUCCUGCAGGAGGUUCCCCAGCAGCAGGGGGAGCUGGAGGAGUGCUGCGUCCAGAGGCUGGUCACCAUCACCUCCAAGGAGAUGAGGGAGAUGCUGCAGGUGGAGGGCUACGUGAGGGCAGAGGUGGCCAGCGACACCUUGGUGGCCCUGUCCCGAAACCACUUCAGCCUGGUUGUCUAUGAGCUACAGCACUGCCUCAGACCCCUCAACCUCGCCGAAGAAUUUGUCAUCGUCACCCUGGCGAAGCUGGCCAAUGGCAAUGUGUUUGGGUUCAUGCCAUACAUGGGCAUCACCCUGGCUACCACAUUCACCAUGCUGAGGCUCGCCAAGGAAGCCAAGAUGCGCCAGGUGAUCUGCAGUGCCAUGGAGACCUUCUGCGAGACCAUGCAGUUUCACCUGAGGCACCUAGAGGACAGUGUGUACCCCGUGAUGACUGCGGAGCAGUUUGCUGUGAAGCUGUUCCCCAUGUAUCGCUAUUUUGUGACCGUGUGGCUUAGGGACAACAACCCCGAGGUGAAGCUGGGGCUCAUCAAGUCCUUGAAGCCUAUGCUGAGCCUCAUCCUGCCCAGCGACAACGUGCGUGAGCAGGUGUACGACUACAUCGCCCUGUUGCUGGCAGAGUACCAGGCCCACCUGGAGGCACUCUUUAUCACACAGGUCUUGAGGCAGAUCCUGGAAAUGUCAGUGACCACUAACACCCCUGUGCCCCAAAUGCAGCUGCACACCAUCUUCACGGAACUGCAUGUCCAGGUGUGCUCCAAGGCCCCCGCCCAGCGGCAGUACAGCAGCCAGAGCCUGACGGAGGUCGCGCACUGCUUCAUAGCCCUUGCCCGCUCCUACCCCAAGGAGCUGAUGAAGUUCUUCCUCAGCCAGAUGGAGGUGAGCAAGGAGGCCAUCUGCGUGGGGACCCUGACCCUGAUUAGGGCAGCGGUGAGCGCACAUGGUGAGCGAGGGCAGGAAGGUGUGAUUCUGUGCUUUGGCCUGUGUGUCCGGGGCCAGGUGAAGACGGUGCUGAACGUGCUCCACGACUUUGAGGAGAGGAUCCAGGAGUCGGAGCAGUCCUGGCAGAUCGGCGCUUGGCGGAAGGACCAUCCCUGGAGGCGGGAGACAGUGAAGGGUGCCCUCAUGGUGAUGUACAGCUGCGUGGCCUCGUACUGCCACCCGCAGAUGCUUCUAGCCCGCGUGGACAACCCCAUCACUGCUAAGGUCAUUCACCACUACUCCAGCAGCUGCCAGGACAUCCGCCUCAAAAUGGCCUUCAUGAAGAGUGUGGUGCAGGUCACCGACGCCGUCAAGACCAUCAAGGACCUGGAGGACUUCCAAUUUGCCCCAAAGGCGACCCUUACUGCAUUAUCAUGUUCUGCUUUGAUCCAACUGAAGGAGUUCUGGGUGAUCAUCAAGGCAGAACCAACUGACAGACUGGUUUCUCCAGUGCGGACCAUGGCCAUGGAUGCCCUCUCGUACUUGAGCAAACUGAAGCCUUUCUACUCCACAGAGGAAAACAGUGAGCUGGUGGAGAUUAGUAUACACGCUGUCAUUUCUCUCCAGCCCCCAGGAGAGAACGAUGAGUCCAUUAGGACCCUCUAUGUGAACGCCCUGUGUGCCCUGGAGCAGCUGAUGGAGGGCCUUGUGCAGAGGCAGCUGGACCCCAAGGGGCUGCAGGAGAUGGUGCACCUCCUGGAAAAGUUUAUCUUGUCGGAGAAAGAAUGGGAGCGGGAGAAGGCGGUCAACCUCCACCUCCAUCUCGUGCACAUCUACGUCCAAAGCGUCGGUGUCUGCAUCCCUCUGCAGCUGGGGCAGUUUGGCACUCUGGUCGGACUCAUCGCCCCAGGCACCUGUGACUCACACAGAACCCGCCUGGCCUCCGUGGAAGCCCUUUCCAGCCUCCUGGAUCUUCAUGCAAGCCAGACCUGCCCCUCCUGGGGUGCUUCCAGGGAGUUGGAGCUUGUGAAAUGUAAGGCGGAGCUGCAGGGCUCGGACGUGGAGAAGGUUUUCAGCGCGUCUUCCAGAAUCGCCAAGGUGGUGUGCUUGCAGUUUAGCUGCGAUGAGGUGGCCCCGCUCGUCCAGAAGCUCUGUGAGAACGUCGGGGCCAUGAACCUCCAGCAUGCCAAGGCCUCCGUCACCUGGAUAGGCACCGUCCUCCAGAUGUGGGCCAAGGAGCUGGAGGACACGGUGGCGGAGAUCCUGGGCGCCAUCCUGGUCCACCUGCUGGUAGUGGAUCACCCGGACGUGCGACACCCCCUCAUCGAGGGCAUCCUUCUGCUGGCGCACUACCACCAGGAGACCGUCCUCACGUCCCUCCUGCCGCAGCCCCUGCCCAUGGAGAGCCACCUGACGGAGGUGUGGCUGACCGUGGCUGAGAACUUGCCCUUUGCCCGGAUGAUGCUACACGCGCUGAUGGGUCAGCUGCAGUCGAGGUUCACGCCCAGGGCCGACGCCACCUCCAAGGCUGACAUCUGGCACCUGGCCGCGGUGGUCCCUCUGAAGACCCUGUGCACCAUCCACCUUCUUAUUGAGAAGAUGGACCAGGAUGACAAGCUCCUGGACCUCUUCCCGGACCUCAUCUACACCCUCCUGCUGCAGCUCGGCAGCAGCCAGGGGCCGGAGGCCACGUCGCCCGUCCUGAAGAUGUGGAGACUCGUCCACACGGGGACCCUCCCUGAGGAGAUCAACCUGCAGAGGAUCACGAUCAAAUACAUGCAGCUUUUGUUUCGGAACAACAGCGAGCCGCUGCUUCGCACCCUGGAAGAGCAGGGCGUGUGGACACUCCUGGAGAGCAGCUCCACAUUCCUGCAGGGAGUGAGCCUGCUGGCCAGGCUGUGCGUGCAGAACGCCGAGGGCUACCGGCAGAGGCUGUCGGAGCUGGUGCUCAGGGGCGUGGCCUCGGAGGCCCUGAGCUAUCGCAUCAGCAGCACGGCGGUCUGCGUGGAGGUCAUGAGUGUCCCGAUCCUGUACCAGGAGAAGCUGCUGAAGCCGGCAGUGCUGAUGCUGGAGAAGGGCGUGGACCAGGACGAGGCCCUGCGGGUGCUUUCCCCGCGCGCCCUCGGCAACAUGGCCCUCCGUGCCCCCAAGAAGGUGAGGCAGUACCAGAAGCUUUUACUGGAGAAGUGUCUGUGCCCCCUGAGGGGGCCUGUGAGCACCAGUGUGACCUCCCAGGGCAUGGAGACCCUGGCCAAGGUCCUGGCUGAGCUGCGGGAAGGGGACGUGGGGUCCGACUUCCAUGCCGUCUCCGAGCGGUGCAGAGCCUUCUUUGACCACGAGAGCGAGCUACUGCGUUUAAAAGCCUUCGUCCUCUUCGGGAAGCUGGCAAAGGUGGUCAGGAUUUCCAAGAAGCGUUUCUUCAAAGAGGAAGUGAAGAAAGCCUGGGUCCCCCUCAUGCUGCAGGAUCCCUGCUCCAGUGCAGCCCAGGCCUGUGUGGCUACCAUGUUUCAGUGUGUGCACUUCUGGGGCUGGAAGGCCCUGGAGAGCUCCUCGGACCAAAGUGAUGCCAUUGCCCCCAAGGACAUGACCAGUUUCCAGAUAAUCCUGUGCUCUGUCUUGACUCAGAGAAAGCCUGCCGUUCUCUACAGCUUCUUGCUAGAAACAAUGACAUAUGUUAAAAGUAACUUGUCAAGGAUCAGAAUGGCUGCAUGUAACCUGGCAGGAAUCAUUAUGAAGCAGAUGUCUGCACGUUACCUGAAAAAGCUGGACUUUCCUACAUUACGGAAUUCUCUCCAGGAGCUACAGCUGGACUCGGAUCCUGGGGUCCGGAGGGCAUCCCUGGAGACUCUCAGAAUCUUGGAUACCUGUAGUCAUCACUGGCUUUUGGCUUCACCCUAAGGAAUUUCCUAG